GCGAACGCCUAGCUUGUCUUCCAGGUUCCGGUCCGAGAGCCCUGGGAAUAAGUUUGAGGUCUUUACGAAAGGUGGAUGGAGACGCCAGCACUUUCUCCCUGUAUCCACCUCCGCUCAGCCCUCCUUUCGAGGUCGGCGGCUGAGUCACUGUGGACAAAGUCGGGGCAGCGUUUUCGGACCCAGUCAUGGAGGAAGGUUGUUCCCGCAUCCGCCGGCGGGUGUCGGUCUGCAAAAGGAACCGCCCUAGCCUAGCAAGCACUUCUGCCAUCCCCUCGGCGGCCCAGCUCCAGUCCCGCGAUGAGCAGGAAGAGGAGGAGGAGAUGGUAACCCGGAGCCGGCGGCGGAAAACCGUGGGCGUGCAACCUGUUGAGCAUAAUGACAGUGAAGAGGACAUGUUUGGUGACUAUGAUAGCUUUACUGAAAACUCCUUUUUAGCUCAAGUUGAUGAUUUGGAACAGAAAUACAUACAACUUUCUGAACAAAGGAAGCAUGCUACAGACUUUGCCACUGAAGAUUUUUGUUCAGAAAGCAUAAAAAACAAACUCAGUGUUACUACUGUAAGCAAUUUUACUGAAUACAAAAGUGAUGAGCACACGGAGAACCAGACUGAGCAUGAAGAUGUCCCUGUUGAACCUGGAACUGAUGUUUUGUAUGAUUUGCCGCCUUCUCAGGUUUUAUACUUUGAAAAUUUGCAAAACUCUUCAAAUGAUUUGGGUGAUCAGUUGACUGAAAAAGGGGAUGGGAGUUCAUCCUUUCCCAAUACUGUGAAUGAAGAAUUGUCCCAUAAUUGCAUAAAGCAACAAGAGCAAAAUGAUGGAUCCUCUUCUAAAGUCAGAAGUAAUUCAGAUACAAGUAGGAGAAAAAGUAUUAAAGAUCAUCUAAAAAGUACCAUGACUGGAAAUGCAAAGGCCCAAACACCAAUAUUUUCUAGGAGUAAACAGCUCAAAGAGACUCUCCUAUCUGAAGAAAUUAAUGUUGCUAAGAAAACAAUUGAGUCUUCAUCAGAUGAUCUUGGUCCUUUUUACUCAUUGCCCAGCAAAGUGAGAGACCUUUAUGUUCAGUUCAAAGGAAUUGAAAAGUUAUAUGAAUGGCAACAUACUUGCUUAACACUGAGUUCUGUGCAAGAAAGAAAAAAUUUAAUAUAUUCCUUACCAACAAGUGGUGGAAAAACCCUUGUGGCCGAGAUUUUAAUGCUACAAGAACUGCUUUGCAGGCGGAAGGAUGUUUUAAUGAUCCUUCCAUAUGUGGCAAUUGUCCAAGAAAAGAUUUCAGGUUUGUCAAGUUUUGCUAUAGAACUAGGUUUCUUUGUUGAAGAAUAUGCUGGAAGCAAAGGAAGAUUUCCUCCAAUUAAAAGAAGGGAAAAGAAAUCGCUAUAUAUUGCCACUAUUGAAAAAGGACAUAGCUUGGUGAACUCCUUGAUCGAAACUGGAAGGAUUGACAGUCUGGGUCUGGUUGUUGUAGAUGAGUUGCACAUGAUUGGUGAAGGGAGCCGGGGUGCUAUACUGGAAAUGACCCUAGCAAAAAUUCUCUACACCAGCAAAACAACUCAGAUUAUUGGUAUGAGUGCAACAUUAAACAACGUUGAAGACCUCCAACAGUUCCUUCAAGCAGAAUAUUAUACCAGUCAGUUUAGACCAGUUGAACUAAAAGAAUAUCUGAAAAUAAAUGAUACAAUAUAUGAGGUCGACAGCAAAGCUGACAGUGGCAUGACUUUUUCACGUCUCCUCAAUUAUAAGUAUUCUGAUACCUUGAAAAAGAUGGAUCCUGAUCAUUUGGUAGCAUUGGUAACAGAAGUUAUUCCCAAUUAUUCUUGCUUAGUUUUUUGUCCCAGUAAAAAGAACUGUGAAAAUGUAGCAGAAAUGAUAUGCAAAUUUUUAAGCAAGGAAUAUCUGAAACAAAGGGAGAAAGAAAAAUGCGAGUUGAUUAAGAACUUGAGGAACAUGAGCAGUGGCAACGUGUGUCCUGUCUUAAAGCACACCAUCCCAUUCGGAGUUGCCUACCACCACAGUGGUUUAACAAAUGAUGAAAGGAGGCUCCUGGAGGAGGCCUAUUCCACAGGCACUCUCUGCCUUUUUACCUGCACAUCCACCCUAGCAGCAGGUGUCAACCUACCAGCAAGAAGAGUUAUUUUAAGAGCUCCCUAUGUUGCUAAGGAAUUUUUAAAGAGGAAUCAAUAUAAACAGAUGAUUGGCAGAGCUGGCCGUGCUGGAAUAGAUACUAUUGGGGAGAGUAUCCUUAUAUUGCAAGAAAAAGACAAGCAACAGGUCUUGGAGCUAAUAAGCAGACCACUGGAAAACUGUUAUAGCUGUCUCGUUCAGGAAUUCACCAAGGGAAUUCAAACUUUGUUUCUGUCUUUGAUUGGUUUGAAGAUUGCAACAAAUCUUGAUGAUAUAUAUCAUUUUAUGAAUGGUACAUUUUUUGCCGUUCAACAAAAGACUUUAUUGAAAGAAAAAAGUCUCUGGGAAAUAACUGUCGAAUCACUUGGAUACCUGACAGAGAAAGGACUCCUACAAAAAUAUACUGUUCUGUCUGAAGAAGAAUUGCAAUAUAAUUUUCGUAUUACAAAAUUAGGACGAGCUUCUUUUAAGGGAACUAUAGAUUUGGCUUAUUGUGACAUUCUCUACAGAGACUUGAAGAAAGGUCUUGAAGGGCUUGUGCUUGAAAGCCUUUUGCAUCUCAUCUACUUAACAACUCCCUAUGAUCUGGUUUCUCAAUGUGACCCUGAUUGGAUGAUAUACUUCAGGCAGUUUAGUCAACUCAGUCCAGCUGAACAAAAUGUAGCUGCUCUUCUUGGAGUCUCUGAAAGCUUUAUUGGGAAGAAAGCAUCUGGUCAAGCCAUCAGGAAGAAGGUGGACAAGGACAUUGUCAACAGACUCUACCUGUCUUUUGUUCUUUAUACCUUGCUCAAAGAGACCAACAUUUGGAGUGUGUCUGAAAAAUUUAACAUGUCUCGAGGAUAUAUACAAAAUCUACUUACGGGAGCUGCUUCCUUCUCAUCCUGUGUGUUACAUUUCUGUGAGGAACUUGAGGAGUUUUGGGUUUAUAGGGCCCUUUUGGUAGAACUUACCAAGAAGCUGACUUACUGUGUGAAGGCAGAGCUAAUCCCUCUCAUGGAAGUGACUGGAGUCUUAGAGGGUCGAGCAAAACAGUUAUACAAUGCAGGUUACAAAAGUCUAAUGCAUUUAGCUAAUGCUAACCCAGAAGUGCUAAUAAGGACAAUUGAUCAUUUAUCAAGACGCCAGGCCAAGCAAAUUGUUUCAUCAGCAAAGAUGCUGUUGCAUGAAAAAGCAGAGGCUUUGCAAGAAGAAGUAGAAGAAUUAUUGAGAUUGCCUUCUGAUUUGCCUGAUGUCGAGGCAUCUUCCAGUGAAAAGGCAUGAAGCUAUCUGAUGCACAUUUUCAAAUAUGAAUUAUUUAUUACAUAUAUUUUAUUAAAGAGUCCUUAUGCUUUACAAAUGAAAUAUACUUAAAUUAUGCAUUAAGAACUAUGGAUAAUAUUUGAAUAUAAUGCUCAUAUUUACAGUAACCUUCUACUAAUAAUCCAUCUUCUUCAACAUUUACACAUUAUUUCUCUGUUCAAAAUCUAUAGCGUCCACCACAAAAUGAAUUCAAACUGCCACAACAUA